AUGACAGCAACAAACAACAACAGCAACUUUAUCGUUUCUGAUGAAAAAGUUAUUGAUUCAUUAGUUGAGGAAUUAGUUGUGGCAGAAACUAAAACCCUCAACGAAAGAAUUGGUGAAAACAAGAUUGAUUUACAUAACUACCUCAAACAUGAUGGAGGAAGAGGAAGGAAAACUGGUAUGGCUUUAUUAGUAAAUAAAAUUUCAAAUUUAACGAUUAUAGAUGUUGAUAUCAAUAAAUCGUACAAUGAUGAACUUAAAGAAACAGUUAGAAAAGACAUUUUAUCAAAACUUUCGGAUAAAGAUGUUAUCGUUAAAACCGCUUCAGGAGGUCUUCACAUUUAUUGCAACACUAAUUUCUUCUAUUCAACCUCGAACAGAAUGAUUAAAUGUUAUUCCUGCAAUGAUUAUGAUAUUGACAUAAUGACUUCUAUGGAUGAUUCAAAGCGUUCUUUAGUAGUUAUGGCUGAUUCAAGAGUUCGCAAGAAUGCAACAGAACCAAUCAAUACAUACUCCUUCAUUCGUGGAAGUUAUGAUUCAACAUUAACCAGAACAGUAAACGAUAUAUUAAAUGAUUUGAAUAUUAAGGUAAGAGUUGAACAGAAGAACGAAGAAAUAAAGAAUAUCAUGAAUGAAAACAAAGAUGUAAACAUUGACGAUAAACUUGCCCAGAGCAUAGUUGAUGGCAUCAGUGAUUUUGAAGUACAUAAUGACGGUGGAAACAUGAAUUUAGAAAAAGAAGUUACAUUAUUCACACUGUUUCAAGCAAUUAAUUCGUUACCUAAUCAUUUAAUUAAUGAAGCCUACGAUAACGUUUAUAACUUCUGCAGUUUAACAGAAAAUGCAAAAAGUAAUUUUGAAAAAGCACGUGAUAGAUAUGCACAUUUAAUGACUUCUCCAUUUGUUUUGGUAAAGAUUCUAAAACUAUAUCAAAAAGAAUAUUAUGAUGAAUAUGUUUUGCCUUUAUUACGUAAGCCAAAAAUAACAUUUGAUAUCAAACUUGAUGACUCGUUUUUGAUAACAGAUAUUAGACGCAAGGCUGAAAAUCAUCAGUAUAAAAACAGUUCUGAAGUAAUUGAGGAUUUAUCACGUGUAAUCCGUUUUGUAGAUUGUGGAAACAAAUACUUCAUUCAAAAAGACUAUAAUAUUCAUGAUAAAAUGAAUCAAAUAUCAUUCGUUCUUCAAUCAAACAUGAAAGAGUCACUCAAAAUGAUUAAAUUAUUUAAAGAAGAAGGUAAAACAAUAACAGCAUGGGAUGUACUACUAAAUCAAUUGUCUUCAUUAACCGUUAAGGGUGUUUGCUUUAAAUCUGAUUCCCCAGAUGUUUUCUCAACGUUUCAAGGUUAUAAAUACAACAUUCUCGAAAAGCUUGAUUACUCAAAAAUUGAGAUGUUUAUGA